UUUGCACGAGCUACAGCUAUUGGCCGAAGGCUCGCAUACUGAAGACCCUGAAAUGUCAAGAACUGCAGCCACCAUAGAAAACUUCAUUAGUACGAUCAACGGUACUGUUUCUGACACAACAGUUACCUACAAUUUAGUGAAAGGUCUUAACGCGGCCCUUAUCGAUAUCAGAGUACUCUUGAGUUGCUACGUAAACAGAGCCAAGUUGCUGACACACAUCUCUGAUGAGUGCAAAAAAGGUACCGAUUCUCUGCGAAACUUGUACAAUGAAUCAGUGCCCAAAUUUGGAACCGAUGGCGACAACUGCAUUUUAGAUGACGAAGGUAAUGCAGCAUACACUACAUUUGAAGGGACAGAGAAAAGCAUCGAAUCAAUGGCGGCCACCGAGGGCUACAAUGCUGACUGCGUCUUGAAUAGUGUAGACAAGAAAGAGACGGCUUGUCGUUAUAAGAGCGAAGGAUACACAAAUGAUCAAAUCGCCACAAUGAUGAGCUUGACCACCGACCAUGUCGAACACUUCCUCWCUGACUGCCCAGAACCAGACCUGACUCCAAUGCAGCAGACACAGAUCUGUCAGUUUAAGGGAAUAWACUGGACCGCAGCUCAAAUCCACAGCUUUGUUAUGCCCGAGAUCAGUGAAGCCACAAUUCAGACUUACAUGGAUAACAACUGCUAAAAAGGCGCAGUGAAAUGGUUCAUAAGCCACGCAUGCGUUAAAAAAUGUUUGUGUGUGUGUGUUUUAUGCCUAUUGCUUUGUGCCAUUUGUAAAAAUGACU